CAGAUCAGAAACCUACAAGGCGUUAUGAAGCUUGAACUGUGCGUUGUUCUUGCUGUGAUCUGGACCCUCGCUCUUGCAUAUGACAAAGACUGUCCGCCUCAAGGGAAAGUGAAAUGUAACUAUAGAUAUGAUGUACCCUGCACGACGACAUCAGACUGCAAGCGCCGGGGGAGACGGAACCAGAUAUGUUGUCCUGACGAGGGGGGUCAUCCCGUCUGUACUCCCCGUCGACCGGGCAGGUGCCCGUUCGUCAGGACCCGCUAUUGUAGAGCUAGAAAUACUGAUAAAUCAGAGUGCUCCAAGGACCGGGAUUGUGCAUCACCUGCAAAGUGUUGUCGAAAUUCCCAUUGUAAAAUGUACUGUGAAUUUAACCCAGUUUUAGGCCGCGGGUACGCUGGAUAGAAAGUUCAAAGUUCAAAGUUUAUUUCUCAGGAGAUGGACACUGAUUUGUUGGUGCUAUGGAAUAUAUCUACUGUAGCUUGACAGACAUUGGUUUACUUGGAACCUAUGCAAGAGGGGAAACUAUAUGAAUUAUAUACAUUUAUAAUCAUAAAAUCACCUACAGACAGUUGUGAGGCGAUGUGUUGUAUUUUAUUUACAUAAAUUAUUUUUUGUAUAAUAAAUCAAUAUCUUUGCCUUCUUCA